AUGACUUUUUCCCCACAGGAUUACACAGUGGGGAUCUACCUGCGACAGUUCUGGCAGGACCCACGGCUGGUGUUUGAAGGACUGAACAAAACCAUCAGCCUGGACUCAAACAUCCGGCCCAAGAUCUGGGUACCGGACCUGUUCUUCGUCAACGAGAAGGACGGCAAGAUGCACGCCAUCACCACAGCCAACAAGUACAUACGGAUCCACCCUAACGGCACCGUUCUAUAUAGCAUGCGACUGUCUCUGAAGCUGUCCUGCUACAUGCAUCUGCGCAGCUUUCCCGCUGACAAGCAGUACUGUAAGAUGCAGAUAGAAAGUUACAGCUACACGACCCAGGACAUGGUGCUGGGCUGGAGCACCAACCGGGCGCCGCUGGAGAUCUCCCGGGAGGUCCACCUGCCGGACUUCGACCUCAGCAUCGCCGACGUCAAAAGUUGUACAGCAGGGUACUCCACAGGAGAUUUCCCGUGCAUCAAGGCUGACUUCUUAUUGGAGCGCAGAAUCGGCUACUUCCUCAUCCAGAUCUACCUUCCCAGCAUCCUUAUCGUCAUCAUCUCCUGGGUGUCGUUCUGGAUCCACAGCGAGUCUGCGCCUGCGCGAGUAGCCCUGGCCAUCACGACCGUCCUGACCCUCACCACACACAGCGCCACUACUACUCGGGCCGCCAUGCCCAGGGUUUCCUACAUAACGGAUAUGGACAUCUGGAUGGCAGCGUGCCAGACCUUUGUGUUCGCCGCCUUGCUGGAGUACGCCAUUGUCAACCACAUCUCCCGCCAGGACAAACGUCUAAUGAAGAAGCUUCGUCACAAAAAGAGAAAUGACCCCUGCAGUGGUGACGGCGGGUUAAGACUAGAGGCGAAGAGACUGGCAAUACGACGCUCCCACGCGGUGGAUCGCGCUUCUCGAGUUGUCUUCCCGCUGGCCUUCCUCAUAUUCAACCUCUUCUACUGGCUGUACCUUUACCGGAUCCUACAGUAAAGUAAUGAAACAGUGUACAAAAUAGUUUUUUGAACCAGGUUGCCCAGUGCCUACGGCAAGAAUUAUGUUGCCCAUCAGAAUUUGAGGUUG